ACACACACACACACACUCUCACACACACACACACACUCACUCACACACACACACACACACACACACACACACACACACACACACACACACUCACACACACACACACACACACACACACACACACACACACACACUGGUGUAUCCAGUUAAACUCACUUGGCUACUUUGCAGUCUGUGGCCCAAACCUUCAUUCACACAUAUACAACCUAGAGGUGGUCAUUAUCAAGUCUGAAACCAACUCACACACACUCACACACACUCACACACACUCACACACACACACACACACACUCACACACACAUUUUACAGGAUUUACAGGAAGACUUGAAACGUAAUCCAGAGGAGAGCAGAUUCACAGACAGGGGACGAUAAACAACGCAGUGUUUUCCAUUACAUAUCUCUCCAGGUCAGAGAUGUAGAUGUGAGGGUGGAUGUGUGUGGAGCUGUUCUGUGAUGUAAAGAGUUUAAGGAGGUUAAAGGUCACUGUAAAAGGAGCGGGAGUGAAUUGAUCUGAUCUGGUCUCAGGAAACUUAAGCAGAGAAAGUGAUGAGAGAGUGAGGAGCUGCUGGAGUUUAGUUCAGAGGCACAGAGAGACGUGAUGUUUCAGUCUCUGUGAAACGUGUUGAACAGGUCAGACAGGACGAGGAGGACGAGAUGCACCUCACCAUGAGACACUAACAAACUUCACUCGCGCUCUGCAGAGCUUUUCCCUGGGUAAGGCAGAGACUUGAUUCAGACUCCGGCACUGACUUCCUCAGGACCACACCGCAUUUACUUUAGGGUGCGUGAUGGCUGAACUUGGACCCGAGUUGUUCUCCGAGCAGGAGCUGACGUGUUCCAUCUGUUUGGACUUGUUCAGCGAGCCCGUGUCCACGCCGUGCGGACACAACUUCUGCCAGAGCUGCAUCGGUGGUUACUGGGCCUCCAGCGUCGAGUGCACCUGUCCUCUGUGUAAGCGGCCCUUUGAUGGGCGUCCGGAGCUCAGCAUCAACCGUGUGUUUGCUCACAUCGCACAGAAGUACAAGGAGAUGCACUACGGAGGGCCUCCGCCCAUCAAACCGAGGAAGAACAUCCCAGCUGCCGGCGCAGCAGCAGGAGGAGUCGCGCUGCAGAACGGCACCAACACCCCGGACAUCCCGUGUGACGUGUGCACCGGCAGGAAGGAGCGAGCCGUGAGCUCGUGUCUCACCUGCAUUGCCUCGUACUGUGAGACGCACGUGAAGCCGCACCGCCAGACGCCGUUCUACGCCUCGCACCGACUCCUGGACCCGCACGAGGCUCUGCAGGGACGCACGUGUCGCAUACACGGUCGGCUGCUGGAGGUUUUCUGCCGCACGGACCAGCGCUGCAUCUGUGCCAUCUGUGUGCUGGAGGAACACCGAACUCACGCCACCGUGUCUGUGCAGACCGAGCGCGCCGUCAAACAGAGGAUGCUCGGGAAAACCGAACUGGACAUCCAAACGUCCAUCGAGAGACGAGGGCUGCGUAUCACAGAACUCAAACAAAGACUGCAGUUCCUCAGGAACUACGCCCAGGCCGAGCUCUCCGAGGUGGAGAACGUCCUCUCUGAUGUCACUCAGUCGGUGGAGCGAAUCCGAACUGAGCUGGUGGGCGGGAUCGAGGACAAGCGAGACUCCGUGAUAGGCCAUGGGGAGAGGAUUGUGUCAAAGCUGGAGGCGGAGCUAAGCAAGCUGCAGGAGCGCAGGGCGCUACUGGAGGUUCAGGCCACAUCAGAAGACCACAUAAGCUUCCUACAGAGCUUUGAGGAGACGAACACUCCGUAUCAGGACACCAUGACGCUCGACACCGAUUCUGAUCUGGAGUUACACUUUUCUUUUGGGGAGGUGAAGAGCGCACUGGGCGAGAUACGCGAGAGACUGGACGACAUCCACAUGGGCGAAGUUCACUACAGACACUCAGUGUCGUCACUGCCCGAGUCGGAGAGCAUGAUGAGCAUCAGGUCCAAUAAGAAGAAGGACUUUUCUCUGAAAGAUCUGCGGAAGCUCAGAUCAGGAUCCAGUAUCAAAAAAGUCAGAGGUUAUUUAGAGGACGUGACGUUAAACCCAGUGACGGCGUAUCCCUUCCUCAUCCUCUCAGAAGACAGGAAGCAGCUGAAGCGUGGGGAGAAGCUGCAGUUUUUCAGGAACAGCACUCAGAGGUUUGACGUAUGGAGCUGCAUUACGGCUAAAGAGGGAUACAAUACAGGACGCCAUUACUGGGAGGUGAAUGUUGGUGAUAAUAAAGAUUGGAAAGUGGGCGUGGUGAGAGACUCCGCCCAGAGGAAGGGGCUGUUCGAUAUGAGCCCCAGCAAUGGUUAUUAUGUACUGUGGUGGAGCACCAAUCACCUGCGAGCCCUCACGACCCCGCCCCUGACCAAGGUGAAGAUCAAUGGCCGACUGCGUCAUCUGGGUGUGUACCUGGACUGUGAGGAGGGUCAUGUGACCUUCUACAACGCCAAGACGGGUUCUGAGAUUUACUCGUUCGUUACAGAGGGAGCGUUCAGCGAAAGGAUGUUCCCUCUGUUCGGCACUGCUGAUAAAGAAAUACCACUCAUACUACCGGCUGCACCAACACACCCACCUGAGUGAGGGAACGAGGGGAGGAGAAGUGAGAGAACCAGAAAGCAGGUGGGGAAGGAAAGAGGAAAUAAGUGAAAGAGAAAAGUGCAGAGCAUAAAAGCAGCAAAAGAGGAGAGAAUGAAUGAGACACCAAUCUCUCACAGGGUUACACACACAACAACAACAACAACAAUAACAACAAUGUAAGAAAGCAAAGUAACAACGAAAUAAAAAGAAAAAAGUAAAAAAAAUUAAUGUACAGACCAAAUAUAAUUUAAAUAGGAAGUAUAAAUAAAAUCUUAACGAUGUUCUUAACAUUAAUCAAUCUUUACAGCAAGAGAAAUAAUACAAAUGCUUUUUAAAAAAUGUGGAGAGUGGAGAAUGUUCAGGAGUGGAGAAUGUUCAGGAGUGGAGAAUGUUCAGGAGUGAGGAGAAUGUUCAGGAGUGAGGAGAAUGUUCAGGAGUGGAGAAUGUUCAGGAGUGGAGAAUGUUCAGGAGUGAGGAGAAUGUUCAGGAGUGGAGAAUGUUCAGGAAUGAGGAGAAUGUUCAGGAGUGGAGAAUGUUCAGGAGUGGAGAAUGUUCAGGAGUGAGGAGAAUGUUCAGGAGUGGAGAAUGUUCAGGAAUGAGGAGAAUGUUCAGGAGUGGAGAAUGUUCAGGAGUGGAGAAUGUUCAGGAGUGAGGAGAAUGUUCAGGAGUGAGGAGAAUGUUCAGCAGUGAGGAGAAUGUUCAGGAGUGAGGAGAAUGUUCAGGAGUGAGGAGAAUGUUCAGGAGUGAGGAGAAUGUUCAGGAGUGGAGAAUGUUCAGGAAUGAGGAGAAUGUUCAGGAGUGAGGAGAAUGUUCAGGAGUGAGGAGAAUGUUCAGGAAUGAGGAGAAUGUUCAGGAGUGGAGAAUGUUCAGGAGUGGAGAAUGUUCAGGAGUGAGGAGAAUGUUCAGCAGUGAGGAGAAUGUUCAGGAGUGAGGAGAAUGUUCAGGAGUGAGGAGAAUGUUCAGGAGUGAGGAGAAUGUUCAGGAGUGGAGAAUGUUCAGGAGUGAGGAGAAUGUUCAGGAGUGAGGAGAAUGUUCAGGAGUGGAGAAUGUUCAGCAGUGAGGAGAAUGUUCAGGAGUGAGGAGAAUGUUCAGGAGAGGAGAAUGUUCAGGAGUGAGGAGAAUGUUCAGGAGUGGAGAAUGUUCAGGAGUGAGGAGAAUGUUCAGGAGUGGAGAAUGUUCAGGAGUGGAGAAUGUUCAGGAGUGUGACGUGUGUAAAAUAGUUUAAAAAUCAGAAAGAAAAAAGAAAAAGUCUUCUAAAGACACCAGGACAUCAGCCUGUGUUUCUGCUCCUGCUGAACAGAGUGUACACCGUCAGUGUUCAGUGUGUAUUUAGUUCUGUGUGUGUGUGUGUGUGUGUGAGAGAGAGAGAGAGAGAGAGAGAGAGAAAGAGCAAGAGAGAGAGAAAGAGAGAGAGAAAGAGCGAGAGAAAGAAAGAGAGAGAGCGAGAGAAAGAAAGAGAGAGAGAGAAAGAGCGAGAGAGAGAGAAAGAGAGAGCGAGAGAGAGAGAGAGAGAGAGAGAGAGCAAGGCAGAUGAAAUAAAUGCUGAGGAGGUGUAUUGUGGACUCUGGACACUCACACUGCCUUUUAUUUUUAUUUUUGAUGAACACGGGUUUGGGGGUUGAUUUAUUUUUCCUCUUCAUGUGUGAAAUUGAUGUUACUGUAAUAAAUAAAUAAACAAACUAUGAAACUUU